CUAGUCCGAGGAGCGAGCUGUGCGGCCUGCUUGCCUGCGCACUCCCGGCUGUCGCCAUGGCCGGCCCGCGGUCCUUCCUGCUGCUGCCUGUGCUGCUGCUCGCCCUGGUCCUCGCUGUCCAAGCCGAGCGCCUGCCCCGCCUCUUGGGCGGCAUUGUGGAGGCCAACGAGAACGAGGAGGGUGUGCAGCAAGCGCUCGGCUUCGCCGUCAGGGAAUUUAACCGGGCCAGCAACGACAAGUUCGGCAGCCGAGUGUUCCGCGUAGUGAGAGUUAGGAAGCAGGUUGUGGCUGGUAUUAAAUACUUUAUCAGUGCUGAGAUUCGUCGAACCACCUGCAGCAAGUCUGUGGCUGACCUUUCAAGCUGCCCCUAUCAUGAGGACCCAACUCUGAAAAAGCACUCCAUCUGCGAAUUUGAGGUGUACUCUGUUCCUUGGUUGGGCAAAACCUCCCUCCUGAAGAAUGAAUGCAAAGAUGCCUAGGCGUAUCCUCAUAGAUCUGCGACCAGUUUGAGCUGCAGCUGUUUUCUCUGUUUUGAAAGAACAGCAAUAACACAACCCAUUUGAUUCAUUAUUGCUUAACUGUUAGUGUUGUGCAAGGUAAUGAUGUAAUCUCCUCCCUAAGCUGGCAGGAGGAAGAAAUAAAGGCUUGUCAAAGUACCUUUUUCAUUACUAA